AAGGAAACAUCAACAUUUUCUGCAUCCGCUCAAGAUGACACUGUCAGCCUCAACGAUCAUAUUACAACAAUAAUACCGUCUUUUUUCACAUUAUUCCGCGGGUUUUUGCUGAGGAAUUCGCUGUGCGAGAAUCGUUUUCAUAAGGUACUCACCGUAGUCAUUCACUGCAUCAAGGUGUCCUCGAGGAGACAGGACGAUGUCAGAAGCCUUUUUCCUCACAUUCCAGUCUCAGCUCUCCGUUGUCAUGGAGACCGUCCUCAAGUCAGCCAUGUUUGAGAUAACCAGGCUGGUGGAAGACAGCUUCCUCGAGGAAGUGGGGCAUCGUAAACAGGAGGUGGAGGUCUUGAAACGAAGGUUGCAGUUGUCUGAGAUUAAACUGAGGGAAAGGGAGAGGGAACGGGGGAGGAAGACACGGUGCCUGGACUGUGGCCGAACAGGAGAGUCCAGCAGCAGAGAUGAGAGCCAGCCUGUAGAGACAGUCCGGGGAGCAGACAGCCUUUGUUUAGGCCUAAGCUUGAGAGAUCAGUCUACCAAUCAGCCUACACUGACUGAAGAAGCGUGGAGUGCCAGACAACGCCUGGAGUCUAACAAACGAACGACAGCACACACACACUCUAAGGAGAAGAAUGAUGUACACAGACAGAAUGCAAAAGAGAUCGUCACACCUAACUCCAAUGCACAAAUUCAUCAGGAUUUUCUGCAGAGGAUUCUGGGCAAUUCAGUCAUUCACAGUGAGUCCACUAGUGACUUCAAACCCAGCGUGAGCAAUUUAGACAAAUCCGACAAAAACUUUGCUCUCGAUAAGGAAAUGGACUCAAACCACUCAAGCCUGUUACAAAGUCCUUCGGCUCAGGAUGCGCACGAGGACUUGCCGUCGUCUUCGCCAAACAGCAGAGUAAAAACAGAAACGGAGCUGGAUCUUCUACCUGUCAAGGAGGAGGAAGAGAUGGUUCCGGUGUGGGACAGCGUCAACAGAGAUGACGGAUGCCAUGCAGAAAUGGCUGAUCCGAGUCAGGGAGAGCUCAGAGGACCUUGUGAUCAGGAGGAGAUACAGAUCGGCCAAAGGUUUGCAGAGCACAUUUCCACGGAACAAGGACAUUUACACCCCAUAAACAAGCAGAGGACGUUCAGUGUUGUGGCCAGGGAGAUCCUGACUCAGUUUCAGGUGUGGCAGAGGGCCUGCUAUAGCAGGAACAUUGAGUGGGGUCCGAUUACAGCAAAGAUCAUUUCUGCAUUGCCGCAGUUGUAUGGACGGGAGGCAGAGGUGAUCGUACGAUGUACUAAGAUGCUACACAACCGCAGGGAUUACCUUCGAAGGAGAGCAAAGGAAACUGCUGUGGAGAGAAAUCUCUUACCUAUGGGCCAGCGAUAUCUUGUACAACUUCAAAGAGGUGAUGUUUAAAAUGUAAAGUUGUGAAUA